ACUGUUUUCUAGCCGAUAAAUAUAAAUAUUCCUAUAUAACUUUACCGGAAGACUCUUUUCACCCGGAAGUAUUCAACCGAGAGGCAAAACAUCAAUGGGGGUCACUUGUGUGUGUCAGGUGCCUGUGGCAGAGGGGAAGAGCGUGCAGCAGACAGUGGACAUCCUGCACAAGAAGCUGGAGCAGCUCGGCGCUGUGAAGCAGGGCAGCUUCUGUGUGGACUGCGAGACAUACCAUGCUACAAAUGUCAGCGGUCAGCCCUCCAAGCUCUUAUACGUGAUGCACAACUCUGAGACGCCACUAAGCUGCAUGGCUCUGUUUGAAGGCGGUCCCUGCCUGAUAGCCGACGCAAACUUUGAUGUUCUCAUGGUGAAAUUAAAAAGUCACUUCCAAAACGCCAAGGGGCACAAAGUGGAGUGUCGUGGGUCUAGAUACCGCUACUGUGACUUCUUGAUAAAAGUUGGUACUGUGACAAUGAGCUCCAGCGCCAGAGGGAUAUCUGUAGAGGUGGAGUACUGUCCCUGUGUGGUUCCAGGGGACUGCUGGAAUCUCAUCAAGGAGUUUAUGCAGUCCUUUCUUGGCCCCAGCGUCCCUGAACUGCCGUCUGUGUUUGCAGCCAAGCCUGAAGGACUCUUCGCACCAUCAGACUGCGUUGACACCAUGACUCAGUACCUGGAACUGUUUAACAAACUUCGCAAACUGCAAAUCCCAGGAAGCAAUGUGCGUUGAGCUGUAAGUGGCAAAGGAGAGAACUGUUUUCUUUAUGUUUGUAUUAAUGAUGAUUUAAAUCUGGUCCUAUGGAUCAGCAUGUUGUCCAGGCAUUUUUCAAAGCCAUAUUUUUUCUAUUUCCGGAGCCUCAACAUUGUAUUACAUCUUCCUAUUUGAUGAAAGCAUCUUGUAUUAAAGAGACUUAACGUAGAACAGCAA